AUGAGUUCUUCUAAAACAGAACAGACUAAAUAACUCAGUCAAUAUUAAAAAGUAAUCAUAAUUACCUAUGGGAUUAGUAGUUUAAUAAUGUUAAUUUCUGAAAAUUUCUUAAUUCUUGUUGAAAUAUAGAAAAAUAAUAUUUAUCCUGAAAAUUUAUACCUUUUUUAUUGA